AUGACGACGCUUGCGAAAAUCAUUCGACGUCCUCUCAGAGGAAAGAGUAGUAUGGAGCGGGAAGACAUCGGGAGGUAUCAUUUUGACCCUGAUAGGUCCAUGCUCCUUCCAUCAAAGAAAAAGCGCGUCAUGGUCGAAGGCAGCAGUGUUACCAAAGAAGGCGUAACGAUCCAGAAGACUGAAAACGUUGAAGAUGAAGAUGAAGUAGUCGUAAAAAAUUAA